GUGUCAGUCCGGGAUGUGCGUGCAAGACGGACCGACCGGGAAGUGACGUACCUGCAGAAUACAACAAGAUACGCAAAGGAAGCGCCUCGAUGGACAAGGCCGAAAGCCAAGGAGUGAUUAAUAACCAGGUGUACAAGAAAUUAUAAGACGGGGUGUCGACGUUGACGGGCGAUGACGGUGCUGAGGAAGCGAGGGACGAAGGAUAGACGCGACCGAAUGGGAAGAGAAGAUCCGAGGUAGCCGGGAGGAUGGAUGGGGGGGACUCUGUAUUAUAAGACAGAUGAUAAGAAGUGUGGGCUGGAGAUGCUCUGCAACUCCCGAGUAGCCGUAGAAAAGGAAGUUCAACACAAAGAUGCGGUAGGAGAGUCGAGAUCAGGUCUGACGAUCAGACGGUCGGAAGAAAAACACGCGAUCGCGGCAAUGAGGGAUAAAAGCAGAGGGCUGGACUUUUCGCUUUUCUCUGGGGGAUCGGGGGCGAAACUAUUUAUUAACCUCCGUUCUUUCUUUUGUUUUUCCUCGGGUUCUUUUUUUGUCUUUUCUCGAUUUGUCACUGUUUUUUUUUCGCACGUCGAACGGGGGGGGGGAGAGGAGGGAGGGAGAAGGAAGGGUUGGGAGAGAUGGAAGAAACGAGGUUCAACGCCGGGCGAAUCGUUUCGGGGGUCGGCGCGUGUUUGGCCGCUUUUUUCUUUUUCUUUUUUCCGUGCCUUUCCCUCUUCCGCGCUUAUGGAGACCCGUCCAAGUGCCAGUGCCCCAGGCAGACAGACCAGACCAGACCAGACCAGACCACCAGAACCACCCCAACGAACAACCGCGGGUGCUCGGGCGAUGGAACGAACCGACGACGCGUCGUCGACUGUCGAAUGGAUGUGUUGAUUAUGAGACAAGAGAAGGAAAGUAGGUUGAAGAUACAGCGAUAAAUGGAGGAUCGAUAGACAAGUUAAAAGUAAGGGAAAGGGGGUGAUGGAGAAGUGAAGGCAGGGUUGGGUUGGGGAGGGGUGGAGGGAGGAGGUGGGAAGAUGCU